AAGCAGCAAAAGGCCACGUGUCAAUAAGUGAGAAAGUAUCCGUUGGAACCUGUUAUAUAAACCUGUACCUGCAUUUGCUCUGUCUUCACUUUCUCUCCUCUACCUGCAAAUCAUUUAUUUGUUUCUCUUGAAUUUCUUUGUUUCUUCACUCUCUCUCUCUCUUUCUCUCUGUUCAACAAAUUUCUCUUCUCUGAUCAAACUUUCCGCUGAAUUAAGCCCUAAGAUCGAGACCCACAUCGAUCAAAAACCCUAAUCGAGAUCGACCCUAAGAUCGAUCAAAAACCCUAAUCGAGAUCGAUCAAUCAUGAAGCGGAAGCGGGCCUUUACUAUGGCAUCGUCAUGGUCGUCUACCGUGAAACCCUCGCGCGUUCCUGAAGAAGAAUCAGUCCGGUGUUGGGAGAGCAAAACGGCGUCGUCAAACAGAACCCGACCCCAAAUCCAAUCCAGAUCAAGAAGAGGAUCGAAAACAAGAAACAUCAAUGAUGUCUUAAAAGAUGAAAGAUCCAAGAUUUCUGGGAUCAACCGGAUUUUGGGGACACCCAUUCCCGUGAGCAAUAACCUGACAUGGAGGCUUUUGAAAUCUCACAUGCGAAUUGAAUCUUUUUACUGCACCAAGCUCCACUCCGCUCUCAAUGCCAUCCACGAGUGUUUCGAGCCUUCCAAAGACCCCUACACCAACAGAGACAUUGCUGAGGACAUUGUCUUCGACUUGGAAUCCGAUUCCGAGUUGAAUUUGAGAGGGUUUUACACUGUGGUUUUGGAGAGGAGAGAUGAUGAUGAUGGUCAUCAGGAGAUGAUCGGUGCCGCCACGGUGAGGAUCAAUAAGGGAGUUGCUGAAGUGCCACUCGUGGCGACUAGGCCUCAGUUUAGGAGACUUGGGAUGUGCAGGAUUUUGAUGAAUGAGCUCGAAAAUCGGCUCAUGGAAUUCGGCAUUGAGAGGUUAGUCUUGCCUUCUGCGCAAAGCGCACUCAAUACAUGGACUAGUAGUUCAAUUGGGUUUUCAAUGAUGAGUGAGGCUGAGAUAUCAGAGCUCAGUGCUCAUCAUGAGUUCUUGGAUUUUAAGGACACUGUCAUGUGCCAUAAAAUACUCUUGAAGCACCCAAUAGUGUCAUUGUGAUGUGGAUGAUUUGACAAACCUCGAGUUUCCUGAUACCAAGAGUCUAAGACCAUUCUUUGGUCUUGUUACCCUUUCCUCAUCGAUCCCACACUAACUUUUCGUUAGUUCCUGCCUUGCAGCGCCUCAUUUUGGUCACCUUCUGGGUUCCUCUUUGGCAGUUUGAGUCAAAACUCCAACUCCUCUUUUCUCAAUAGCAUAACCUGAUAUCUGCUUUGGCCGAAUGUGUUCAUGAAUCUUUGUAGAAUUAACUUUCACAAUGAUAGUGUAACAUGAUAUCUCUUUUGGCAGAAUGUGAUCAUGAAGUCUUUGUAUAAUUGACACUCACAAUGGUAGGCAUGUUGCGUAUAUGUUCCAUUGAACCCAUAUUUUGAACAAGAAUGUGAGCAAGUCCUUUUUAUGUUCAUUGGACACUCGGAUUUGAGAUAUUUUGUGACAUGCCACCGUUCAUGCUUAAUGCUGCAUUACUUUCACAUCAUUUCUGAUAGACUAUUGACACAGUACUACCUUAGGUUCACUUACCAAAAGCUAGUCGGUAAGAGUCUGCUUUACAUCUUAGUACUUAAAACAGCACUUACUAGAAAACAAUAGAAACCUUUGUUUUCACAAAUUGAUAAGCUGUAGUUCGUUUCGGUUAAAUAGAUCAAUCCCUUUGGUUCUUUGAGUCAAAAGUCCAACUCUUUUAUUAGUAGAUAUGAGAUUUUCUAGUGAAUUUUAGUGUUUUUUUUUUCUUGAAAGUUCAGUGCUCAAUAAUUCCUCUGAAUUUGCCCUGUUUAGUGUUUGGACUCCUUAGUGUUUUAGAUUUCCUCUUUAUAUAGUAAAUCCAAAACAAGAAAACAAAAGGUCCAUUUGGUGGAUUUUACUAAUGAUGUUACGUGAUGCUACUGACAUGGUGAUUGCAAUCACGUAUUUACUUUACCUGUUUAAGGGCAUGUUCAUUUGAGUAAGUGCAUGCCCUUAUUUCAGCGUGCACCCAGUCAAAGAAACACCAAUAAUGUUGCUACUGUCAUCAUACGAGUAUUAAGUCUGUCCAUUGUAGAUUUUGAGCCCUUGUUGUCAUUUGUGUUGUCAGAAUGUGCAAAAGUGAAUUGGUAGGCGUUUUGUAAGUGACCUCUGAAAGUUAAGAAAUUAUUGAGUAAAUAGUGAUACAUGAGUUCUUGAAAAUCAUAUGUUCAAAUAAUGUUACCCGGGCUCCUAUCUUGAGCAUAUUCAGUGCACCAAUUCAGAUAUUGAGGUAUAUAUUCUUUGUUAAUCUGCAGGAAUUGACUCCUAAUAACUUGAAGACAGUCAGCAUCAUGGGUAUGUCCUAAAUUUAGAAUACUGUAAACUUCAGAUCUUUUGGUUCCUAAGCAUUCUGUCCUUUAUUUUCAUCGAGUUUGCCACCCACAUUUUAUGAGUGAAGCUAUCAUGUCCAAAUUUGUUGUCUAGCUUGUGAAGAGAAGGGAUGUAAUAAUGCAGGAUCAUGGGAAGCAACUGCCGUUGGUUAGCUUGCCUAAUUCUAGUGUUUUCUAUUCUGAUUGUCUUAUCUUAAUGUUGUGUAUUAGACUCUUAGAUCACUGGCUUAAAUUUAUUAUGUUAUUUGCUGAAUAAUUGCUAGAGUUCCUCAGUCUCAGCUUACGUUUUCUUACUGUUCUUAAACCUCUCUUGUUUUCAAUCUUGACAGGAUAUAUGAAAUCCUUGUAAGCAUAAGAGCCGCCUUCAAGCCUUCUGGAUGUCUUGUCAAGUUAUAUCUCUGCUGUCGUGCAAAGGGCUUUAGUGUUGAGGAUUAACUUGUUUACUGUUGAGCAUUAACUACUUGUAGUUAUAUAAGCUCUAUGCGCCUUUGUGUUCCCCAAAUUCUUUAACAUUACGGGCAUUCUUUGGAUGCUACAGAUGGCUUGAUUCCUUGAUGAAUUUCAAUACUGUAAAUGUUUUGUUCUAGUUGAAGAGUGCAAUGUAAAUUUAAUGGUGAGCAUGGGAUUGAAAUGCGUUUCCCUCACACAUGUAUGUAGAAGGUGGAAAUGAAUUGAUGGAAAAUUAUUUAGCAGACUA